GUCUGUCUCCAAGACGUUACUCUUCCUCUGCUCACCCUCUCGCCAGUCCUUUCUCUCACCUCUAUCUAUUUAUACGCUACCAGUACAGAACGAGAGCACUGUAAAAGUUCCUUUUUUUUCUUUCAAGUUUACCACAGACUAGCUGUUACCACUUCACUUCUUGUUCCUACUUCCCGAAUUGCACUCGUCAAAAUUGUUGCCGCAUUGCCCUGUACCAACCCACAGUAGUGUGUCCUAUUUGGUUCAUUCCAUUUCUAACUUUGAUUGAGACUGAGAGAGACGCGACGAAGUUUGGGUUUUGGUUUUGUUGCUUUUAUUAGUACUACUUCCUCUACAGUUAACAAUGGCCGCCCUAGGUGGAGUUAGUCAGGGUGCUUCCGAAGCCUUCCAUCAUCACCCCGAGGGCUUCGAUUCCUCUCCUACAAUGGGGCCCGCCGCCCAUAUCCUCCUGGAUUCUCCGGAUGAGGAGGAGGACAAGGGCGCUGUGCGGGCGGAGAUCGACACCUCUGCACCCUUCGAGUCCGUGAGGGAGGCCGCAUCCCGAUUCGGGGGAAUGGGCUUCUGGAAACCGUCUUCCCAGAACCACAAGCCCUCUUCUUCCUCUUCUGAGCAUGGCAAUGAACUCAUGGACAUCACACACUUGGAGGAACAAGCUGCGCAGUUGGAAAGAGAUCUUGUCAUGAAAGAAAGGGAAACUUUUGAUGUUUUAAAAGAACUGGAGGCCACUAAAAUGGUUGUGGAAGAAUUGAAGGCAAACCUGCAGAAAGAAACUUCUGCAGUAUGUUCAACCCUCAAUGACAAGGAUGUAAAUCCUGUUGAAGCAGCAGAGGCGGAUAGCCAUCAGACUGCUAACAGCGGUUUAGACCUCUGUCCCUCAUCUGCUCCAGGUUUUAUCUUAUUGGAGCUGAAACAGGCCAAGUUAAACCUAACCAGGACAACGACUGAUCUUGCAGAGAUUCGAGCCACAGUUGAAUCAUAUAACAGAAAAAUUGAGAAGGAGAGAAUCUCACUCGAGAAGACUCGUCAAAGGCUGUCAUCAAAUACUGUAAAAAUUUCAUCUCUUGAAACGGAGGUGAACCAAACAAAAGAUAAGCUACAGCUGGUGAAAUGCGCAGAUCAAGGUAGGGUCAGUUGUGAUGAAACCAUGAAUAUGGCAAAGGAAAUCCAACGGUUGACCUCUGAGACAGAAGAGUUUAAGAAAGUUGGAGAAGCUGCCAGAUCAGAGGUCUCGAGAGCGAUGUCUGAGAUUGAACAGGCAAAGAUUCGGAUCAAGACUACUGAGAUCAGGCUAGUGGCUGCUAAGAAAAUGAAGGAAGCGGCUAGAGCAUCUGAAGCUGUUGCUCUUGCAGAGAUUAGAGCACUAUCUAACACUGAGACUGCUCGUUCUGGUUUACAGCAAAAGCCUGAAGUUUUAACUAUUACCUGUGAGGAAUACGCUUCACUAAAGUCAAAAGCACGUGAAGCUGAGGCAGCUUGUCAGAAGAGAUUGGUAGAUGCAGUGCCUCUAGUAGACGAAGCUAAUGUAUCAAAAGCUGAAAUCCUAAUGAAGGUAGAGGAAGCUACAGAAGAAGUGAAAAGUAGCAAGAAGGCCUUGGAGGAAGCACUGAGCAGGGUAGAGAGUGCAAAUAGAGGCAAACUGGCAGUUGAAGAGGCUCUGCGAAAAUGGAGAUCUGAACGGGGCCAGAAAAGGCGCCCUGUUCACAACUCGACCAAGUUCAAAAACGCUUGCCCAUCUCAUCUCCGCAAAGAUUCUAGUCUGCUGGAUGUAAAUGGUAUCAAUAUGGUAAACGAUGAGCUAAAGCCAGUCCUGAAGCCAACGUUAUCUAUUGGUCAAAUACUGAGCAGGAAGCUGCUUUUGACUGAGGAAUUUGAGAACGGAAUGCAGGGAGAUAAGAAUGUUGGGAAGCGUAAGGUGUCACUGGCCCAAAUGCUUGGGAAACACUAUGGUGAUAAGAAUUUUGCUACCAAAGGGGGGGCCGAAAAUGCGAAGCAACUCCCGGCAAAGAGAAAGAAGUACGGGUUUGCUCGGAUUUCACUCCUCGUGACGAAGGAGGGUAAGAAAAAGAAGAAACGAAGUGCAACUUCAACGUGGCUUAGGGAGUAGAGUAUCAGGGGAGCUGAAUCUGGGAUCAGUAGCUAACAACUUGUAUAAUGCUGUUGUCUCUCUGUUUAGGGUAAAAUCCAUAUUUCCCCCUUAAUAGUGCUGCUGUCGACAACUACUACUACAAUUACUUAGUGUGUAAAUUAUCCUCCUGAGUCGGAACUAAGCUUUCUAGGAUUUCAUUUGCAGUGUGCUGUUUUGGGGGAUAUGCUUAGGUGUGACUUCCAAAUGAUUGGGAGUUUCUUGUGUGCAAGUCUAUAUGUUUUUAAGCAUAUGUAAAUCUGGUUUCCGGUUUAAGGGUUGGUAAUCAUCUUUGAGGGUGCGGAUUUAGCCUGGCCACCACUACCAGCAAAGUCAUCCUACGUAUUCAUUGAAGAAUGUUUGUUACUAAAUGAAUUGAGAAAAGUCCUUCUAUAGUUUUGUGGGUGGUGAUUACGAGUGUGGUUGGUUUCCACUAUCAUAUUGGAAAUGGUGUA